UUCGCCGUUUACCAAAAUCCAAAAUUUUUUUAGUCGUUGUCCUCGUUCAUCUAAGCAUCUGCUUGUUCUCUUUAUAAAAGUACGGGUGUAUACAGAUUCAGGCUUAAGAUGUCCCGGAAAGGAUAUGUGACUCUGGAAAGAGGUCCAAAAAAAGAGGGUGAAUGUAGGGUAGAAGGCUGUCCCCAAUAUGGUCGCUUGCUGAAGAACUUGGACCAGCAUUUGAAGAGGACACAUCUCCAACUCUCCCGCAAUGCCCAUGACGCCCUCUCAGAAUGUGUCAUUGCUAAGAUGAAGCUUAGUAAAACUAUGAAAAAUCGACAGAUAGAGGUGUGCCUUGUUGAUGGGUGCAAGGUGAAAGGCGUCAUGACAAGAACAUUGACAAGGCAUUUGAGAACUAAGCACCACAUCAGCAGGAAGGAAUACCUGGAUUUUAUUGAUUUCAAGGACAAUAGGAUGCAGAAAAUGCUUAAAGAUAUUAAAGACUCGCAGUAUCAACCAAGUACAGACGUUGAAUGUGAAGAGUCGGACUCAUGGGAAAUUAUGUCUGGAGUAUCUGGUAUCUAUCCAGCAACUAAUGAAACAGAGGAGCAAGAUGAAGGCAACUUGUCACAUACAAGAGAAUGGGUGGCAAAGAGGAGAGAGGAUUACGUCACGGACACAGAGAUGCCGAAGGACAUGUGUCCUUUCGUAAGAUUGACGCCUGCAUCAACUCCGAAGAUUCUGCGAGUGCGGUUGGAUGCAGAGGAAAUCUUUUUUUUAACGAAGGAGAAGUGCUAUAUCAGAGAGAAGUGUCAAGUGGUCAAGGAAUUCAAGAUAGAAUACCGGUUGUCAGUGGUAACCGAGGAUAUUGAAGUGUUUUUUGAUUGCUUUAAAGCGUCAACAAUGAUUUGGAUUUCCAAAAAGGGAAUGGACAAAAGUCUGCGUUUUCAUUGCAAGGCCUGUCUCUCUUGGCAUCAGGUGAAGGUGUUGAGUGAAACAAAUCUUAUCAAAUACAAUUAUGUCUCUUAAUUCAGAAUAGUGCAACACAAAAAAGGAUGACACGACCAGCCAAAGGCUCUACAUUGGUUUUGUUCACUUCCAUUCCUAACUUUCUAAACCUUUUUUCCUUCCUGCCUCAGCUUUGUAGAGCAUGUUUAUUACAACAUGUGUCAAAAACAAUAUCUGUUUUUGCAUGUGUAGAUUUGUUUCAAUCAACACCUUCAUCUGAUGCAAUGAAAACGCGGACUUUUGUCCACACAUCAAUAUCCUCGGUUACAACCGGUAUUCUAUCUUGAAUUCCUGGACAACUUGACACUUCUCCCUUUUGUCCAUUCACUUUUUGGCUCACCGUCACCGUUUUGUCAUUAUUUGUUGUACUGUCUUUAAAUUUGGUAUAUAGACACCUCUUAGGCAGCUCUACAUGUUGACAAAAAAUCAGGUCGAUGUGGCGUACUUUUCAAGGUAGAGGUCAAGCUCUGAAAUUUCACCGAAAAGAUGCGCGUUUUGUCAUUAUUUGUCCUAUAGUCUUUAAAUGCGAUAUGUAGACACCUAUUAGGUAUCUUCACAUGUUCAUCAUAAAUUAGGUCAGUGUGACCUACUUUUCAAGGUCAGAAUGGUCAAAUGAAAUAAAUUGCCUGUUCUUGUUGGGCUGUAAACAUGGUAAACUAAGUAUGUUCCUAUAUGUAUACGGUGAGCACAAUGGCCCUUGGUCGUUUCAUUUUAUGAAUUUGCCAGUAUGUCAUGAGUUAAGAGGGCAAAAUCAGAGAUAGUAGACAGUCAAUAUUUUUUACGAACACAAAAAUAUGACAACGCAGUCAUUUUGAAUUUUGGGUUUCUCACUCAUAAAUUUCACUCAUUUUUAUGGCUGAUUAUCAGCUUGGGUUCAAUUAUCAAGGUUUCACCUUUUGGUAUUGGGAUCAAUCUGGGGUUGUCACUUUAUACAGUCAUGUUAGUUAAGAGAAAACAAGAAUUUCAAGGCAGUUUCUUCUAGCCAAAUUCGAUGUGAGUGAAAAAUGUUUUGACAGCCAGGAAAUUUCAAUCUAACCCUUGAAGGGAAUCAGUGGAGUAAUGGUUAGAGCGCCGGCCUCAUAACCGAAAGGUCGUGGGUUCGACUCCGGGUAGAACCGCAAUACUGAUUCAGUGUCCCUGGGCAAGACACUUAACCCUGCAUUUGCUUCUCUCCACCCAGGUGUAUAAAUGGGUAGUCCAUUAGAACCAAAACUUAUACAAAACUUAUUCAGUUGUCCGACGUUGUACAACUUGAAAUUCGCAAAUCAUUGUACAUUAUAAAAGAGUUAUCAGCAUUAGGUCUUAGCCCUCUGAUGGACAAGAGAUCAGAUUUCAUCAAUAAGCAAUAUUAGUGUUAAACUUUUUAGUUAACAUUUGUUUGUGUAUUUUGGUUGCCAUAUUGGCAAAACUUUCAUGGUAAACUGCACCAUAUUUGGUAUGUAAAUAUACAUGUACAUGGAUAGUUUCGCCUUCUAGAGCAAUAAAUACUU